AUCUAUAGGAUUGUCUGUACCAGAAACAAAGUUGAGAGAUUUUAACACUAAAAUGAUUAACAUAAUCAUAGCUGAAGAAAUUUUAUCUUUGUCCAUGAUCACAAUUUCACUUUUCCACCAACAGACAAAACAUCAAGGUUAUAGUUUAUGAUGAACAUGGUAUACUAAAUAUUAAUUGUUUUACUGAUUCUUGAUCAAAUAAUCCGCGGAACCACAUUUCUGGUCAUAAUAAAAUAUAAAAGUCAAUAUAUGACUUACAUUUCAAUUCAACCUUUUAAAUAGUUGAGUUACAAUCAAACGGUUGCUUGAUUAUGAUAGCAAUAAUAUAUUAUAGCAUAAAUACCACUUUGACAGAGUCUUGAUUAGUAUUUUAAUAACAUCAUAUUAUACUAAGGUUAAGGUAGUAUUAAGUAUCAUCAAUAUGAUAGAUAUCUAAAAAAAUAUGAAUUUUUCUAAAUUAUUAUUAACCUUAUAGUCACAUUAUGAAGUAAGCUGUGUACUAGUCAUGAGCGACUUUCAUUGUAUGAAUAAAAUAUACUAAUUUAUUAAGAACUGAUCUAAGCUAAUUUGGUUUGAUUUGAUUAUUAUGUUAGAACUUUUUCUAAUAUUUGUUGGACUACAAUUAAUAGUAGUUUUUUGUUUUAUAAAGACCGGUUGAUAUUGUGAUCUAUUUGAUGUUUAUAUCAUAUAAAUGUGAUUAAUAAUAAUGGAUUUUUGGACAUUUAAUACUAAUUUGUGUUGAAUAAAGCAUAAGUUUAACCAUUAGGGUCUAUGAUGGACUAUGAAGCACCGACGCCUCUAGAAGUAGACGUGUUGCUGUGUCUAACACGUAUCGGUGUCCGAUACUUGUAUGACAUCCGUAGGAUACGUCUCGGAAAAGGCAGAUAAAUAACGAAAAGUCAAUCAAGUGUUCCAAAAGAAAGUUUUGAUUUUGUUAGAUCCAUGGUUUCAAAUUGUGGUCUGCAUCUGCAAUUGCAGUGUGAUCUUCAAUCACGUGUGCGACUCAUCGUAACUGCAGCAGACGAUUUACGUCAUGUUUGUUUAAAUUUUCUUGCCAAAAAUUAAAAUUUUCCUGCAAUUUAAAAUAAUGGUUAGACCCUGCUAAAAACUUGCACGACCUGAAUUCAAUUCAAUGAUCAAAUUCUAUUUGCCAAGAGAUAGAAUCUUUCAGUUUUUCAACUUUCAGACUUUGGAUACAGUUUAAUCGACAUUUCAAAAUCCUUUAGCAUAAUUUCUUAUUCUUGCUUCGUAUAAUAUUCAAAAUAAGUACAAACAGAAACAUUUUCCUGGAAAUUAAUUAUAGCCACUUGGCUCUCAAGUUUGAAUCAAAAACAAGCUUAGCUAUUUCCUGGUAAUUUAACAUGUUUUACUCAGCAGAGGGAAGACAUAAGAAAAAAUAUUGAAAGAGAACUACCAACUUAGUUUAGAAUCAGAAGCAGAAAAAAUAACAUGAUUCAUCAUCAUCAUCUUACUCUUUCCAAAUCAAUUCAAUUCAUCCUUGUUUUCUGUACUCUCUAUUUUCUUUCAUUUGUCGCCUUUGCAGAUCCCCCAUAUGAAACGUGUUCCACACGGAACAUCUAUACAAAUCGAAGUUCGUUUGAGAACAAUCUAAGCAACCUCCUUCUCUCUUUACCCUCUAAUGUUUCAGCUUCAAUCUCCAAAUUUGGUAAUACUUCUUCAGGAAUUGGCCUAGAUAGAGUUUAUGGUCUCUACAUGUGCCUUGACUUCGUUUCAAACGAAACUUGCCACAAAUGUGUAGCAAACGCAAUAGAAGACAUUGUAAAACUCUGUCCUCAAUCAGAUGAAGCAGUUGUAUAUGAAGAAUUCUGUCAAUUACGUUAUUCAAAUAAAAAUUUCAUAGGCUCCUUGAACAUUACCGGGAACAUUGGGAAAGAUAAUGUACAGAACAUUUCGGAACCUGAGAAAUAUGAGUCUGUUGUGAAUAAAAUAUUGAAUAAUCUUACUGAGAUAGCGUCUUUUAAUGUUUCCACGAACAUGUAUGCUACUGGAAAAGUAGCUUUUGAAGAUAAGACAGUAUAUGCUUUAGUGCAGUGUACAAGAGAUUUAUCAGCCAAUGAUUGCAGUAAGUGUCUGCAAAGUGCUAUUGGAGAUAUACCAAGUUGUUGUUAUGCCUCCAUUGGUGCAAGAGUUUGGAGUCGUAGCUGUUAUUUAAGAUAUGAGUUUUAUCCAUUUUAUCUCGGUGAAAUAGAAUCCACAAGUUCUUCAACUAACCAAGGAGGGAAAAAUAAAUCAAGCAAAAUAUGGAUGAUUACUGCUAUUGCAGUUGGGGUAGUCUUGGUGAUAAUAAUUAUCAUUUUCUACUUAUGCUUUAUCAGAAAUUGGCAAAGAAAGAACGGACAAGGUAAUAUAUCUAAUAAUUUCCCUUUUAUUGAUAUUGGUUCUCUUUGCGUGGCUACCAAAAACUUCUCCGAUUCAAAUAAGCUCGGGCAAGGUGGAUUUGGUCCUGUUUACAAGGUAUAUAUAGAAUUCAAGUUUAUUCACAUUUUUUGUAUGAACGAUUAUCAUCGUAUGGAAGUUUUGUUUCUUUAUUUGCAGGGUAUACUUAGUGAUGGCAUGGAAGUGGCAAUCAAGAGGCUCUCAACUUGUUCUGAGCAGGGUUCAGAAGAAUUCAUUAAUGAGGUUAUGUUGAUAUUGAAACUUCAACACAAAAAUCUUGUAAAGCUUCUAGGAUUUUGUGUCGAUGGAGAAGAGAAGCUUCUUGUUUAUGAAUAUUUGCCCAAUGGUAGCCUUGAUGUCGUCCUUUUUGAGGAAAGUGCACAUCUUGAUUGGACCAAACGAGUUGAUAUAAUAAAUGGAAUAGCAAGAGGCGUUCUCUAUCUUCAUGAAGAUUCUAGACUUCAAAUAAUACAUAGAGAUCUAAAAGCAAGUAACAUAUUGUUGGACUGUGACAUGAAUCCAAAGAUUUCAGACUUUGGCAUGGCAAGGAUAUUUGCAGGAAGUGAAGGCGAAGCUAACACUACCACAAUAGUUGGCACAUAUGGAUAUAUGGCUCCAGAAUAUGCAAUGGAGGGUCUAUAUUCCAUAAAAUCCGAUGUUUUCGGCUUUGGAGUACUAUUGCUUGAGAUCAUUACAGGUAAACGUAACGCUGGUUUCUGUUACUCCAAAAGCACUUCUAGUCUACUAGCUUAUGCAUGGCAUCUAUGGAAUAAUGGAAAGGGAUUGGAAUUAAGGGAUCCGUUGUUGUUAUCAUGUCCCGAAGACCAGUUUCUGACAUACAUGAAUAUUGGAUUGCUAUGUGUUCAAGAAGAUGCAUAUGAUAGACCAACCAUGUCUUCUGUUGUUUUGAUGUUGAUGAAUGAAUCAGUAAUGCUUUGCCAACCUGAAAAACCUCCUUUCUCGGUAGGGAGACUCAAUGUCAUUGAUCCAAAUGUUCUAGAUUUGGAAGAAUACUCAGUCAAUCUGUUAACUAUUUCUGAUAUCUUGCCCGUGUAAUGUAAAUCAAUGUAGUCUUUCGUACCGUGUUGUGUGGAUUAAGAAGCACCAAUGUAACGUUCAUAACUCGCAAGCUGCGAAUUACUAACAUACAUACUCCACUUUGAAUAGGGUAUUAGAGUAUACACAUUCAGUUAGUUGUUAUUUCUGUUUUACCAGUUAGUGUAGAAAGUUAGUUUGUUAUUAUCGUUGCGUAUUGAGUUAGUGCACGCCAGCACGAUGGUAAAUGUUGUGCGAACUAUAUAUGAUAACUUGGAGAAGUUCAUUUUUGAA